GAAUUUCAUUCAGUCUGCAAAAGUAUCUACAGCGUUUCGGUUGUGUUUCAGCGGCGCAGCUAACGUAUUCGGAAGCACCAUUUCGUAGUGUUGUAGUAGCACACAAAAUUAUAAUUGACGCGCGUUCAAAAUUCUUUUCCCCCUAUAAAUAAAUAGUGAGUGUUUUCUCGAGUGUGAGCGGCGGCGUGUAAAGUAGAGUAAAGUGAAAAAUAAUUGUGAAAUGCAAAUGAAAUGAACUUUUCCGCUUUGUCGCCAUUGUCGAUCGAAUUGGUUCUUAAGUGUGCCACUUUGUGCCUAUUUUAGAGCCCCAAGUGCGAGGCGCGUGAGUGGGAAGCGGAAGGCGUGUACGACUCGAUCUCGCUGCAACUUGUGUUAAGCGACGAUAAAAAAUUGUUGUUCUUGUUUUCUACACUUAAUUCGACGGCUGCUACGUUUCGCGUUCUGAAAUAAAGAAAGCCGCCACAUUUGUGGAAAUCUUUGAGAGAGAAUUUCAAGAAUUUCCCAAAAUCCAAGUGGCAACUACAUGUUGAAGUGUAGUUGAGUGUGUUGAAAGUGCGGAAAAGCUAACAAAUAGCGACAGCCGGAAAAAACAUACUUGAGUUGUUGUUAUUCGUAUUUAACGGGAAUUGUGAAAACAAUCAAAAGCGGUUUUUGAGAAAAAUCUUCAAGCAGCAAUAUUAAAAACAUAAUCAAACAUACACAAAAUUAAAGCAAACAUAAAGAAGAUUUAACGAAAUUUCAGCGGCAAUCGACGAGACAAUAAUAACAACAACAAAAUUCGUGGCAACAAUUUGUACACGUUUGGCACGAUGGAGGGCGGCUACGUGAAUGAAGCUAUCAUUAAUUCCAAUACUCAUUCGGCAAAAUUUCAAAAUCCAUUUUCGGCUAAGCAAACACCAUCACUUGCAACAACACAAUUAUCACCAAUAAAAUUGCAAGAGCAACAACAAUCAGCUAUGAAAAAUGCAUCAUCACCCUCAUUGGCAUCACCAAAUUCAUAUCGUACGAAUCGCAUUGCUUCGUCUUGGCAGGAUCUUGUGCAAAAAGUGCGCAAUUACGAUUAUAAUCGCGUGAAAAAUUUAAAACAACAUUUUCAUAUUGAAUAUGUAACAAAGGAAAAAUUUGCGGGUGGUCAACUGAAAACAAAAAAUGGACAAAAAUAUGUAUUCAACGGUCCACCAUCGGGUAUUUACGUGACCAGAACAUGCGUAUUCUUCACGGCGAUUGUGACGCUUGUGGCGCUCAUCUUUACCAUACUCAUAACAUAUUUCUUGACAGCGAACGCCGUGAAAACACCUAGCUGUCUCAAUGGCAAUUCAAAUAAGAACUCGCCACCUUUGGCUCUGUCCUCCAACUCGAACGGUCCACAAUUUAACAAGACACCCGUGGCGACGGCUAGCAUGCUUGGCAUGGCACCACCUACCGCCAGUCCCAACGCGAAAUAUGGCACCACACCGCCAAUCGCACCAAUCGCGCCAAUCGGUGACAUCAGCAUACCGCCAGAGCAUGACAUACUCGGCACAGAUAAGAGUAAAGCAGCCGAUAGGAAAUUACAGCUGCACGACGGUUGGAGACCGCUGCAUUACAACAUUCUAAUUGAGCCCAACAUUCGCACCGCCUCCAACAAUGGUAGCAUUGCCAUUGAGGUACAACGCGACGCCAAUAUCCCCACUUUGCUUCCGAUUAUACUUGAUGUACACAAUAUUUCCAUAUCGAAUGUGCGCGUCAUACGUUCGUCCAGCAAUGUCUCCGCAAGCGAUGAAAUCGAAUUGGAUUUCGAUGGUAAAUAUGGCGAGAACAACUCAACUUUUGUGGUGGCCAUCAAUAAGGGUAUUGAGGAUGAGCACGAUGUCAAGUUGAUUGUGAGCAUGGAUUUUGUCAGUCAGAUAACCGACACGCUACAGGGUGUGUACCGAACAAGCUAUACGAAUUUGGAAACCAACAAAAUUGAAUGGAUGGUCAGCACGCAAUUUUCGCCGGUUGACGCACGUCGCGCAUUCCCUUGCUUCGAUCGUCCGGACAUGAAGGCGAACUUUACCAUCAGUAUUAUACGCGAUAAUAAAUUAGGCAUGGCUUUGUCCAAUAUGCAUCUCUAUCGUAGCUCUAUUCACCGUCCAGGCUUUACGCGCGAUGAUUUCGUAACAUCACCGAAGAUGCCUAUUUACAGUUUCGCCUUUAUCGUUUCCAAUUUGGUGAAAUCGCAUUACUCCGACUUGGAUGCAAACUUAGUGCCACGCGUCGAGAUUUGGACACGUCCCGAAAAUACUGAAAUGACCAAUUAUGCCUAUUCAAUGCUGCGAAAGUUCCUGCCCUACUACGAAGAGUAUUUCGGCAUAAAGAAUCGUUUGGCGAAAAUCGAUAUGGUGUCGAUACCAGAUUUUGGUUUUAGUGCUAUGGAAAAUUGGGGACUGAUUACAUUCAGAGAUUCCGCUUUACUCGUGCCCGAAGAUCUUGAUCGCGCUUCCUCGUCUGAGCAUAUGGAACACGUUGCACAGAUUGUCGCACACGAAUUGGCGCAUCAGUGGUUUGGCAAUUUGGUAACACCGAAAUGGUGGGAUGAUCUUUGGCUGAAGGAAGGCUUUGCCUGCUACAUGAGCUACUUGGCGCUGAAUACAAUACGUCCCGAAUUCCAAAUUAUGGACACCUACACUAUCUAUGAAUUCGGUGAUGCCAUGCAACAUGAUUCCGACAAUAGUUCGCAUUCUAUUGCCUUCGAUGUGAAAUCGACCACUGAUAUACGUCGCAUCUUCGAUCCGAUUACCUAUUCAAAGGGUAACAUACUUUUGCGUAUGUUGAGUUCUUUCGUGGGCGAUGAAGCUUUCCGUGCGGCAACACAAGAUUUACUGAAGUCGUACGCUUACGGUAAUGCCGAUCGUGAUGUGUUGUGGGAAUUUAUGACAAAACAUGCGCACGAACACAAGACACUGCCGGAUAAUCUACAAGUGAAAACCGUUAUGGAUUCGUGGAUAACGAAGCCUGGCUAUCCCGUUGUAAUGGUAGAGCGCCUCGGUGCUGAUUUAGUGUUGACACAAGAACGUUAUAUGUUGCCAUCGCGAAAUAUGUCGGAUGACAGUCGUUUUGUUAUACCGAUCACCUUCGAAACGGAUGAGUUGCGUAAAGGCGAUAAUAUACCCACACAUUGGAUGUUGGAGACUGAUCGCCAGAUUACCAUAAGCGAUGCUUUCACCUCGGAGAAUAAUACGGAUAAUGUGGUGUAUGUGAAUUUGAAUCGUCAGGGUUACUAUCGCGUCAAUUAUGAUAUGGCCUCUUGGUUGGCGUUGAAGAAGAAAUUCACCACGCUGCCGCGCAUCACACGUGCGCAACUUUUGGAUGAUGCCUUGCAUUUGGCACAAGCCGAAUAUUUAACCUACGACAUACCGCUCACCUUCCUGAUGGAGAUCUUCACGGCCACCGAUGACGAGCUACUGUGGCGCGCAACGCAACGUGGACUCACUUAUAUCAUACACAUGCUGCAUCGCGAGCCUGCCUAUGAGACAUUCAGAGCCUUUAUGAAAUUCAUUGUACGUCCUGCCUUUGAUCGUUACGGCUUGAAUGAACCGGACAAUGAAUCGCACAUACAACUACAACAUCGCGCCAAUAUUGCGCGUCUCGCAUGCAAAUUCAACUACGAUCGCUGUACAAUGCCAGCGCACCGGAAGUAUCGCGAGUGGAUGGCAGAUCCUAAGCUGAAUCGCAUUAAGCCAAAUCUGAAACCGAUUAUUUAUUGCACGUCGCUCGCUGAAGGCUCCUUCCAGGAAUGGUACUUUGCCUACAAGCAAUAUAAACGCACCACAAGCGCAUCCGAGAAGGAGCAGAUCUUGACCUCUUUGGGCUGCACCACAAAACCAUGGCUACUCUCCAAAUAUCUAAAUAUGACUAUCGAUCCAACAUCGGGUAUUUUGAAACAGGAUGGCGCUCGCGCUUUCCGUGCCGUUGCUGAGAAUCCAAUCGGUUACGAGAUUGCAUUCGAUUUUCUGCAAUCGAAAAUCAAGGAAAUCGCUGAAUACUUCGGUGACGGCUUCUCCACGCUCAACGAAAUGAUCAAAUCGAUAACCACCUACAUGAAUAAGGAAUACCACAAAGAACAGCUGCAGCAAUUUGCCGAUCGUGCACGCAAACUGGGACUGACAGCAGUUGAAGAAGCCAUUGGUUUGGCUAUGGAGCAGGUGAACAACAACAUUUAUUGGCGUGAGCAUUCUUACUAUCAACUGAAGGACUUCCUGGAAGCGAUAGUCAGCGAAUUUCAUAUAAAUAUAUUUUAAGUAAUGAGAAAGUACGGCGUUAAAGAGGAAGAAGGAGAAAUGGAAAAGGCAGAAAUGCAAGAAUAAUGCUUUGAAAUUGUUUAAGAAAAUGAGCUGGAGAGUUAUGCGUGCGUAUUGUGUUUGAUAGAGCGUGGAGUGCGUAUGAAGCAGGCUGGAUGCCACUAAAAAAUUGUGUGAAAAUUCAAAUCUUCUCAUUUUCAUUCUAAUAUAAGCUAGUUUAUCAAUUAGUCUAAGCGUCAAACCUAUUGUAUUGGGAAGAGGAAUACAAAGGAGGAGCUUUAAAUUUCGCAACACAACAGCAAGCAAUUGACGGUUAACAGAAAUUCGUAUUGACAUAGAACUUUUGUAUUUUAAGCACACAAUUUGAAAAUUCUAUUUUGUAAUAAUAUGUUGUUUUGCCAACAAAGUGAUAUAUUUGUAUAAGUGAGAGUUCCUCUGCUGAGGAAAUGAAGCCAACUUUUAACUAAAGAAGAAAGCGAUGUAAAAGUAAUGUGAAUUUUGUUAAGCACAAAAGCAACGAGUAUUUGUCAUAUUUUUUUAAAUUAUAAUUUAUUAUUAUUAUUUUUAAUUUUUUUUUUGUUUUGCCUUGUAAGAUGAUAUUUUUAGUAUUUCUUUUUAUUUAUUUGCUUAUGUAACAAAAACAAAAAAAAUGUACUACUUAAAAAGCAGCGCGCCAGUAUACAAUAAGAAUUUAAAUGUUAAAACAAUCAGUGUUUAAUGUGUGAAAAAAAUUCAAAAUUAAGCGGCAUUUAGAGGGGUCACCGGAAACCCUGCGCAUUUGAAAAUUUGUCAAUUUGUAAAUAUGCUUAUGAAAAGUAUUGAAAUUGUUUGUAAAUCUUCAGAAAAUGGCGCGUUUAUUAUAGAAAACACUAACACAGACAUAUAUUAUACAAUAAUAUAUAUAUAUAUGUACACGAACGAUUUAAAUAUAUAACGACACUACCACAUAAUAACACACUAUUUACUUAUAAAUACUUAUAAUUACUACACUGUAAUACUUAAACACUUACAGUUAUACAUACAUGCACAUCAAGUAUAGGAAAAUAUUUAAUUUUUUUUUUAUAUUUAAAAAUGUCAAAAAACAUCAGGUCACUAUUAUGUAACAUACAUAUAUUUUUAACAAUUUUGUAUACCAAUUAAACUGUAAAUUAAAUUAGUUAUGUCUACUCUUAUAAUCACAUUACAAUUUAAAGAAAAUUUAAACAAUUAAAUUUAAUAAUUGUAGUGAUGUUCCUAUGUUGAAAUGCAGCCAUACAUACAUGUAUGUAUGUCUGUAAGAUAUAUAAAAUACAAAAAGAAAUAAACUAUUUUACUAAAAACUAAAACUUUAGCCAGAAGCACGAUUUUAGCGUUAAGUUUAAGCAUAAUUAUAAAUAAUAAUUAUAAAAAAUAAAAAUGAAAAUGAAAAUGAAAAUAAAUAAUAAUAACAACAAAAGAAGAAGAACUAUUUUAUUAAAACAUUUACGAAUUCAUGUUGCAUACUUACCGGUUGAAAAACCUAAAAAAAAUAGAAACAAAGUAAAUAUUAAAAUUCAUAACAACACACAAAAAUAUAAUUUAAAAAAAUAUUACAACAAAAAUUACAUAAAAUAUUAGCAAAAUAUAUUUUGAAUACAUUUGAAAGCCAACAGCCAUCCAUCGCUUUAAAUUUUUGAUUUUUUUUACAAACUUCUAUUGUAAAUACAAAAAAAAAUAUAUUACAUAUAAUUAAAAUUGGCAAAAAAAAUAAAUAUAUUUUUCAAUUAAAAAUACUAUGCACAUUUACAGCACAUGAGUGUAUGCCGUACGUGUGCGUAAUAGUCACUUAAGAUAGCCAUUAUAUGAAUUAAGCCUUAGAUCGCAGUGUCCUUAUGCGCAUACAUAGCCAUUUAUGCCAUUUACACACACACAUAUAUACAUGCAUACAUACACAUACUUGUGUGUAUUUGUACAUUGAAUAUUAAAGGAGUAAAAUAUUUUUUGCUAAAUUAAUUUCAAGACCUUUCUUGCAUAUUUUUUGAAAGACAUACGUGCACAUGUAUACAAAUUAAAAUGCCGAAAAAUUAUAAUAAAAAUUGAAGAGUAAAUACAAUUUGUAUGUAGAAAUCAGACACCAAAAAUAUACAUAUAUACAAGUAUUUCAACUUUUGCACUUUCGGUCUUUCAUAGACACACUAAAUUAGUAAUUAAUUUAGUUGAGUUAAGCGUAAAUGUUUUCGUGCAGAAAUUGUUGUAUUAAAUGAAAGUUCAUAAUUGCUUCAUUAUCAAUCAGAGAUUUAUUGUGUAAUUGAAUAAAUGAUGAAAUAAAUAAAAUAUAAUGUAAUAUAUUAAAAAUAAAA